AGUCGCGGAGUCCGCCGCGAGGGGACGGGGAUAUUAUGUGCGCCGGCGACUUUCGUUUCCCCCCCUUUUAGGAAGCCGCGCGGCGCGAGUGAGAGAGAGAGAGAGAGCUGCACAUGUGUCCGAGCCGCCGGUGUGAGCGUCGUCACACUUGUUUUGUUGUGGGGUGAAGUGCGCGAUGCCCGAUCCUUCGCGCGCGAGAUAAACAAGCUAUACGCUCUUACAUGCAAGAGUAAACAAAUCGGUAUCGUCACAGUGCAAGCAUAUAACAAUCAAGUGAGAGCGAGAGGAAGUGCAGUGAUCGGUUGGAAGUUGUGCCGGCGAGUCACUUGACAAGUGGCGUCGCUGCAUCCUCACGUGCUUCGCGUUGUUCCAGCAUCGGCUCUUUAACUUUCGAUCGUCUGAGGAUGAAGGAUUUUACGAUGGGGGUCGUCCUGGCCAGCUGUCUUUUACUUCUGAACGGUUUGGUCACACUGUGCAGCGCCCACGAAUUUGCAAAUCCAUCAUUUAACUAUAAAGGAUCUAAUAGAAAGUUCUGCCCAGCCGCAAAAUAUCCAAACCAACAACCUCCAGAUAGAGUAAACACUACCUCUCGAUUGCGUUCGAUAAGAAGCGAAAUGAAACGCAUUUCAACGCUUCAAACAGCACCUCUUCAAGGAUAUAUUGUUACCUCGGACGACGAGCAUCAGAGUGAAACUGUGGAUCCUCGAGAUGAGAGACGAAGGUAUAUCACUGGCUUUACCGGAAGUGCCGGGGAUGCCCUAAUAACGGAAGAUAAAGCAGUAUUUUGGACAGACGGCAGGUAUUUCAUUCAAGCCGACUCUCAGCUAGAUUGCAAUUGGAUUCUCAUGAAACACCCGCAAGAGCAAACACCCACAUUAACAGAAUGGCUAAAAAAUGAAUUUAAAGAUAAAAAAGCUCGAAUCGGCGCAGAUCCCAAGUUAAUACCAGCCUUCGUCUGGGACCAAUGGGAAACUGAAUUAGCAAACACCAGCAUCAAGUUGAUAGCAGUGGAGAACAAUUUGGUGGACACGAUAUGGCAAGUCGAUCGGCCCGAAUACAACACCUACGUCGCAUAUCCGCUAGAGCUUUCAUUUUCCGGCAAACCCUGGCAAGAGAAGAUAAAAGCCGUGAGAGACGAGAUGCUGUUUUUGAAUGUAACAGCUUUAGUCGUUACCGCCCUCGAUGAAAUCUCAUGGCUCUUUAAUAUUCGCGGUCACGAUUUGCCAACCACUUACGUACUCAGGGCGUAUGCAAUUAUCGAAUUCGGCAGAAUCCGGCUCUACACUCCGAAACACAAACUGGACCGGAGCACCGAGAUUCACUUAAAAAUGGAUGGCUGCUAUCACGCCGACUGCGUUACCUGGGUGGAGUAUUCGGAAAUAUUCAAAGAUUUGAGGACUUUCAAUCAACUUUGGACCUCGGUGUGGCUGCCCUCUCGUUGCGUUUUCUCUCCAGGUGCAUCGAAAUUAGUUCACACUUGUAUAUCAGUGAACAAAAGGCUAAUCCGUCCAUCGCCAAUAAUCGAUAUGCGAGCAGAGAAAAACGAAGUCGAAAUCAAGGGAAUGAGAAACGCGCAUUUGAAGGAUGCGGUGGCAAUGUGCGAUUUUCUGGCUUACAUGGAAGAGCAGAUGGAGCUCGAAGCUCCUGGAUGGGACGAGUUGCAAGUAGUCAGAGUCGUCAAUUCAUUCCGUUACGAGCAAAACGACAGCAAAGGCAUUUCUUUCGACACUAUCGUUGGUUAUGGUCCUCAUGGCGCGAUACCGCAUUAUGAACCAACGAAUUUGACUAAUAUUAGUAUCGAUCGUGAUUCGACGCUCGUUAUAGACUCCGGUGGUCAGUACAAAGAUGGAACGACGGAUCUGACACGUACACUUCAUUUUGGGGAACCAACUCAGGAACAACGAGAAGCCUAUACGAGAGUAUUAAUUGGUCAAAUCGAGCUUGCAACUGCUGUCUUUCCGAGUACUGUACGGACCGAUCAGCUAGACGUUCUAGCUCGGAAAUCCCUUUGGUCCACGGGUUACGAUUAUACGCACGGGACCAGCCAUGGCGUGGGCCACUUUUUGUCCGUUCACGAAUCUCCAAUAAUCGUGGCAUACAUGGGAGGCAAAUCUUCUGCUGUGCCAGGAUGCAAUAGUGCUUACUUGCAACCGGGUUACUUUUUGUCGAAUGAGCCGGGUUACUACAAAGAGGGAGAUUUCGGAGUCCGGCUCGAGAACGUAAUUGAAGUAGUCAAUGCUGACGUUCCGUCUUCGUGGGGCCAACAAUUUUUGAAGUUCCGUGACGUUGCCCUUGUUCCUUAUGAACCGAAAUUGAUCGAGGUCGAGAUGCUUUCUCCCGUUCAUCGGCGUUGGCUAAAUGAAUACAAUCAACGCAUACGCGAUGAGGUGGGAGAAGAGUUGAAGAAGCAACUUCGACCAAAAGGAUAUUGGUGGAUGAUGAAGAAAACACGAAGUAUACCGGAGUGGGGAAAAGUUGAUCUGAAUUACUUUAGAGGCAUUUCCAAUAAGUCGCCUACUUUCACAAGUCCUCUUACUCUUCUGAUUACAACAUUCGUUGCUCACUAUCUGUGUCGCAUCCUUGGCCUAUUCAGUUAACCGUCUAUGUUUCAGCGUUUCUUAUGCCAAUGAUGACUGUUAUAAAUAAUUUGCUUUCACUGCUGAUUCACACGGUGAUAAAGUAUUGUAAUUUUUUGUUAUUGCUAAUGAAAUUUCAUAUCUAUAAGUGAUGUAUUUUAUCCAUUUCGCAUAUGUAAAUAGAAUUAGCUUAUUAUAAUCCUUGAUGUAAAAAAUUACAAACAUCUACUAUCUAUGUGUGUAAAAUUGUACAUCUAUAUUAUUAAACAUAAAUUGGUUUGACAUGCGUCAGCGAUUAAUCGUGUCAACAAGUAAGACUAGGUUUAAAGAUGAUUCUAUAGAUUUAUAUUUUGAAUGUAUUAUAAUCUACAAAGCAAAAUGUCUUGAGCGUUAAUAGAAUAUAUUUUACAAUUUCAACGUCACGCAUUGGAACAUCCAAGUCGAGACUUCUGCUAUGGAUUUUUUGGUAGAGAAUCUCAAACUCAGCAGGGUAUUUCAAUUAAAUCAUGUACAUGGAAAUGGUCCACUGUUUUGUAAUAACCAAAAGGGAUAAAUAAUUCUAUAAGUCUUUCUUGUGUAUGUAAAUAUGUGAAUCGAUUUUAUAAGAAUAAAAAUAUUUAUUGACGUUUCUUGUAACACACAUGAA